CACAUUUUUGACAACUUCAAUCUGACCGAAGUGCUCCAGUGGUUAUUGAUUGAUUGCAGUGUGCAAGGGACAAGUUGAGUGGCACCGCCAAGGUAUAUUUUCCCUUCGACAAGAAAAAAGAAAACCUUAUUUUCCCUGUGACACAAAACAAAAGAAAAGCACAAGAUAGAAAAGUAAGCCGGAAGAAGUGAUAGUUGAAAAAUAUUUGUAGGUGGGGGCCACAGAGCGGACGUUGGAACAGUUUUUUUUAUUUGUGAUAAAAUAGAAAAGAGGACAGCAAAACGCUUGGUAGAGAGAGAGAAAGAGUGCCCUUAUUGGAAGAAGAAGAAGGAGAAAAAAAAGACGUCGCAGGUGGUGCCCCCUUUUGCUGUCAAAAAAUCCCAGGUGAAAAUUAUCCACUUCGUCUCAGCUAAAAAGGCAAAAUGCCGUAGAAUCUCACAAGAAGACUUAGCAUCAUCCAAAAAAAAAAAAGAGAAAAAAGAAACAGAAGAAAUAUUCGCAGGUGUGUCCUGUAGGAAAGAAAGAGAAAGAGAAAAAAUCGUCCGGAAGUCAUUUAUCCAGGACACAAACACCCUUCAGAAUCAGAAGGAGAUCAACAGAAGGCGCGCAUCAAAUGCAAAAAAAGAACAAGAAACAAAAAAAAAAACAAAAGCUACCAAAGAAGAUUGCAUUAAACUACGUAAAUCUUAGAUAAAUUAAAUUAAAUUAAAUAAAAAAAAAACACAAAUUAAAUUAAAAAAGAAUAUAUGUGAUGUGUUUGUGAAUAGUGAAUUGAUUUUGCAAGAAGAUUAAAAAAAAAACAAAAGAAAAAUUGUGAUUUAAGUUAUUAAGUAAAUUUAAAAAAAAAAAAACAAAGAAAAUUUUGUUUUGUGGUUAAAUGUGACAUUAGCAAUGACAACAUUGAUCUCCGAUUGGAAAAAAGACUGUAAAUUGCAGAAAGUGUCUAUUGAAAAGGGUUAGAUUUUCCCUACCAAAAAAAAAAACAGAAAAAUAGACAGAGGAGGAGAGAUGCUGUAGAUAAAUAAUUCGUUAACUCUAGUCACCUCAAAAGAGAUCCCGAAAAAAGCCAUCGAAUGACGUCGGAAGACCUUCUGCAGCCUGGGCAUGUGGUGAAGGAGCGGUGGAAGGUGGUGAGAAAAAUCGGUGGUGGUGGCUUUGGGGAAAUCUAUGAGGGUCAGGAUCUCAUAACACGUGAACAGGUGGCACUAAAAGUUGAAUCGGCCAGGCAACCGAAGCAAGUACUUAAGAUGGAAGUGGCUGUGCUUAAGAAAUUGCAGGGAAAGGAACAUGUAUGUCGUUUUAUUGGCUGUGGUCGCAAUGAUCGUUUCAACUAUGUUGUGAUGCAGCUCCAAGGUAAGAAUUUGGCUGAAUUGAGAAGAGCACAGCCACGUGGAGCAUUUAGUUUGAGCACAACACUUCGGCUAGGUCUGCAGAUUCUCAGGGCCAUCGAGUCCAUUCAUUCGGUGGGAUUUCUGCAUCGUGACAUUAAGCCUAGCAAUUUUUCCGUUGGUCGUCUACCCUACAACUGUCGUCGUGUGUAUAUGCUGGAUUUUGGAUUGGCUAGGCAAUAUACAACGGGAACGGGUGAAGUUAGAUGUCCUAGGGCUGCAGCUGGAUUCCGAGGAACAGUUCGCUACGCAAGUAUCAAUGCACACCGAAAUCGCGAAAUGGGUCGCCAUGAUGAUCUUUGGUCAUUGUUUUACAUGUUGGUUGAAUUUGUAAAUGGUCAAUUGCCAUGGCGAAAGAUCAAGGAUAAGGAACAAGUUGGUUUGAUGAAGGAAAAAUAUGAUCAUAGAUUGCUACUGAAGCAUCUACCGUCAGAUCUAAAGCAAUUCCUUGAGCACAUUCAGAGUCUAAUGUAUGCCGAUAAGCCGGAUUAUCAGAUGCUAGCUGGUCUCUUUGAGCGCUGUAUGAAACGUCGUGGUGUUAAGGAGUCCGAUCCAUAUGAUUGGGAGAAGACAGAUGGUGGCCAGGGAGGGACUGUGAUAACUGCUAAUUCCCUUCAGAGUCAACUACCGAGUCAACUUAGAAAUGAACAUGUCCAUUGCAAUGUCACCCAAAUGACUGUUGCUGCAUCAAAUGUUAGCAAUAUGGAAAUUGUUGGGGCACCACCACGAACACCCCAAAUACCAACAACUGAACCAGUUAGUCAUCAGAAGGGUGUCGUACAACUCGAUAAAAAUUGCAAUACAUCAACUAUGACACAACCAUUGGGUGGUACAGCAUCAAUGAUACCCGUACCACAACAUCAGCAGCAGCAACAGCAGCAACAGCAACAACAACAGCGUCAACAGCCACCGACUAUUGCUGUUCGCAAUCGACCAGAACUCCAUCAUCCACCUGGAGUCCGUCCGGCUGUCACUGGUAGUCUCUCUAGUCCAACAAAACGCUCAAGUCUUACAACUGAGUGUGAUUUCAGGCGCAGCCAUCAAGAUGACUCAACCUUCUCAAUUGUUGUCGUCCUAGACUUCACCAGGCCCUCACUAACUCGCCCACAUUCUUGGCAACAAAAGGCUUCGGCUGAUGUUGAGGUUAAAAACAUCGAAAAUACACCGCCAUUGGCUAAGAACACUGAUAAAGGCAACAUUGGGAGACUUCGUGUGCUAACGGCACCACCAACGAGUGUUCAUGAUUUAGGAAGUUGCACAGAGACCGUUACAUCACUUCCGGCCGCCCAGCAAACCCGUGGAGUUGUCAAGAGUGCAAGUGGACGUAGGCAGGGUCCACUGCGAACAGCUCAGACUCCUAGGGCCACCCAACGUGAUCAUUCAGUUACCCAAUUUGCUGUUAUUGAUGAUGAAAAUGUUUCGGCACUGCAACAGAUAACCCGUGGCGGUGCUGGUGCCCUAACCCUAGCCAGUCAGUGGAAGUCCCAAUUUGAUGAUUCAGAGGAGACAACGGACAACGAAUGGCGUCAGGAAUUGCAUAGUCCACAGCAUUGGCGUCAUCAGAGGCACAAAUGUCGUCGUACACGUCUCAAUAUAACUGGCAUCGAGAAGUAUACAGAUCUGCAGAAUUAUCUACCUCAUUGUUGGUCAGAACCUGCCCUUGGUACCACAUUGAGACGUCAUUUGGCACCACCACUGCUCCAGCAGGCGGCCUUCGAUAAAACGGUUUUCCAAUUGGAUGUAAUGCGCAAUGUUGGUAUUCGUGAUGCUAGUCCAGAGAGUCAAGUGAUGAUGCCGACAAAUCAGAAAAUUGAUGAUCCAACAGCCCAGAUACUUGGUAGUCUUCCAAAUAUCAUUCUACAGGAUUUUCCCUGUGUACCGCAACAACCAUCGACACCACCACCACCACCAGAUGCACCUCCUGCUCCCCUCGAUGAUCACUCAAAGUCACUUGAGUGUGCCAUUAGUGGAAAAUUGGAGAUUCGUCUGGUGCCCAUUGCUUCAAGGACAGUUGACUAGCAUCAAACCCAAAAUACUCAUGUUUUGAGGUCGAAGGGCAUUGGCAGUGAAUGGAGCUUGCCAAAUGAGUAUUGCAGAAUUGACAACAUGGGUGCCCAACGGACAUCAUUCAAACGACACUCAAUUUAGUAAAAAAGAAAGAGAUGGCAAAGCGUGAAACAUGGCACUUCAAUGGCAUUUUUGAGGCUUCUGAUAAAUGGAUACAAACAACAACAACAACAAAAAAAAAUCACAAAAUACUCACAAUUCACUUUACUUUUUGACUUUAUCGAAGCAUUUCCAAAGACAAAACCAAAAAAAAAGAAAGAAAAAAAAACAAAAAGAUAGAAUGAAGUAAUAUUUCAAAUGAAAAAAAAAUGACUAAGCAAAUGAAGUAAAAGAAAAAAACAUUUAACCUCAAAUUGAACUCUGGAAAACAAAAAAAAAGAUGUGAAAUGGAACUUUUUAGAAAGAUAGUUGUGAUUGUAAAAGAUAAAUUGCAGCUAAAACAAAAACAAAAACAAAACAAAAAAAAUGUAAAAGAAUAGAUGAAUUAUUUGGAGGUUAGGAAGAUUGACUGAGAGAGAGAGAGAGUGAUUACAAUCUCUUGAAAGUUAGUCUCAGAAUCUCUAAAAUGGUGCUUGUUCCAGGCUUAUAAAAUAUUGGACUGCCGCAGCAAAAAAUAAAAAAUAAAAAUAAAAUAAAAAUAAUGAAUUAAAAAAAAAAUACACUCUUGGCUUUACCAAAGGACAUUUUAGAUUAAUUCUUAGUUUUGAGAAAACUGAUGAAGACACCCACACCAAAAAAAAAACAAAACAAA